AUGCAGACGGAGAGCCGGAGCGACGGCGCCGGGCAGCUGCGGGUGCUUUUUUGCCGCUGCUGCGCGCUGCUGUGCUGCUUGAUUUUCGUUUUUAAUUUAUUUUCUUUUUUUAUUCAUUUGCUGCUGCACUGGGGGGCUUUUUUUUCUUUAAUUCAAGAACUGGUUUUGGCUGUGGGGGCUUUUGCUGCUGCUGCUGCUCACGCGCCGCAGCAGCACGCAGCAGCAGCAGCAGCAGCAGCAGCAGCAGCCGCGCCCUCCGCUGCUGCAGCAGCAGCCACCGCAGCAACCAUAUUUCAAGUCGACUUUCUGCUGCAGCAGCAGCAGCAGCAGCAGCAGCAGCAACAGCAGCAGCAGCAGCAAAACCCAAAAUGCGCCUCCAACUCGCUGCUAGAAAACGAGCAAGGGGCGUUGCUGCCUGACUGCAGCAGCAGCAGCAGCAGCAGCAGCAGCACUGAGGUGAUCUGCCACGACCCCGCUGCUGCUGCUGCUGCUGCUGCUCCUGCUGCUGCUGCUCCUGCUGCUAAAGAAGAGGCUGGGUUCUUUCAGCAGCAGCCGCAGCAGCAGCUGCUGCUGCUGCAGCUUCCCCCAGCAGCGCAGCAGCCAGUCUAUUUUGAAUACCCGGACUCGCCUGCGGAGUGUCAGCAGCAGCAGCUGCAGCAGCAGCUGCUGCUGCAGCAGCACCUGCUGCCGCUGCCCAGCAGCAAACUCCUCGAGAGGUCGCUCACAGAAAACAUCAGCUGCGCGACGCUAGGAUUGUAA